UUUGAUUACAUUGCGCAGUAAUUAUUUAUUUCUAUAACAUUGUCAGCAAAAUAGGCUAAAUAAUAUAGCUAUUUUAAAUGAACACUGACAUCGUAAUAACCUAGGAUGAGGAAUACAGAUUAAACCUUCAAAUAUGUUAAAAUGUGAGAACCGGCGUAAUUCCACAUUAUUUGUUCGCUGCCAUUGAUGAUAGAGCGCUGUAGGUCUAGCAAUGCGAGACUAGCCUUGCUUUACUACGAAUAUAAAACGGACUUCAGCUCGGUCACGUUACUGGACUGUUUCCGCUUGGCCAGAACUGAGAUCAUAUGAAAACAGAAAUGAAAAUAGAAACUUAACAGCGGCAGUACUCGGUAAGCCUGACAAACAUAGCAAGUUUCAAAAUGUACCCCUACUCCUGUGACACCUUUGUGGCUCUGCCCCCCUCCACUGAGAGACAACGCAUCAUCUUUGGGAAAAACUCCGACAGGCCUUGUGAUGAAGUCCAGGAGGUGGUGUAUUUUCCUGCCAGGAACUAUGGUGCAGGGGAGAAAGUUGAGUGCACAUACAUAGAGAUUGAGCAAGUUGCCCACACUUAUGCAGUUGUGUUGAGCAAACCAGCAUGGCUAUGGGGCGCAGAAAUGGGUGCAAAUGAGCAUCAAGUGUGUAUUGGAAAUGAAGCAGUGUGGGGCAGAGAGAGUGCAGAUGAUGACGAAGCUCUUCUCGGCAUGGAUCUUGUCAGGAUUGGACUUGAGAGAGCCGAUACAGCAGAGAAAGCUGUGGAUGUUAUUACUGAGCUGCUGGAGAAAUAUGGCCAGGGAGGAUCCUGCAUGGAGGAUGAGUGUAGCUUCACCUACCACAACAGUUUCCUCAUCUCAGACAGGAAGGAGGCGUGGCUGCUGGAAACGUCAGGGAAGCACUGGGCAGCAGAGAGAGUGGAAGGUGGAUAUCGCAACAUCUCAAACCAGUAUGGCAUAACGACUAAGAUGGACAAGGAACAUCCAAAAAUGAGGGACUAUGCACGAAGCCAGGGCUGGUGGGAUGGCGAGACCCAGUUCAACUUUGCCACGGUCUACUCCUUUACAACUACAGCCAGAAUCGAAGCCUCUGGCAGCCGAUACUGUGAGGGGAAGAAGUUGCUGGAGAAGAGCAACGGUCACAUCACUGCUGAGACAAUGAUGGAUAUCCUGAGGGAUAAAGACAGUGGCAUCAACAUGGAGGGCAUGUUCAUGACAACAGGAAGUAUGGUGUCUGUGAUACCCACGGAUCCUGCUCUGCCAGGGGUUCACUAUUUUACAGCAACUCCAGACCCUGAAAGGUCUGUAUUCAAACCCUUCGUCUUUGUGAAGAACAUUAAUGAGCUGAAGGAGACGUCUUCUCCCAGUUACGGUCCAGAUGACCCUGUUAAGAAGAAACCCCGCUUCCAGAGCAAGCCUGACCGCAAACAUGAGUUGUUUGUCAAACAUGAACUUGUGGCUGCCAUCACUGAAUCCUACAAGGACAGAGGAAAGAAGAUCACAGAAAGUAUGAGGCAGCUGGAGAAAGAAAAGAUGACCCAGAUGGAGGAGAUUCUUUCACAUGGCAUUGAGGAACCAGAUUUUUUGGCGAAUCUGUUUUCUAGCUCUGUUCGAGAGGAGAUGGCAGUGUACGGAAAAAGCUGAAACCACAAAACCAAUCUCCAGGGUGACGGUAGCGGCAUAUGCUUCUGCAUUUUACCUUUUUAGUCAGGUAUAAGUACAAACACACUUGUAUAAUAAAUCUGAACGCAACUGAAUAGUAGUUAACAUCAUUGUAUAAAAAAAUAAGGCAGCCCAGGAUACAUAUGUUGAUGUACAAUAUGGAAUAAAUUGUUGACUUGUA